CAGAGCCGUGUGUGUGGCGGGGAGGGGCGGCUAUCGCAGUCAGGAGCCCGGGCACUGAGCGCUGGAUGUCGGGGCCUCCCCGGGCUCUUCCCGUACUGCCUCCCCCUAUGGAUUAAUCCGAGCUCCGGGAAGGAAAGUUGGUUUCUCCGGGAGUUGAGGGCCGGGACGAGAAGACGCCAUGAAGAAGCAAUUCAACCGGAUGAGGCAGCUGGCCAACCAGACUGUGGGGAGAGCGGAAAAGACAGAAGUUUUAAGCGAUGACCUACUAAAUAUUGAAAGACGACUGGACACAGUAAGAUUUGUUUGCCACAAUACCCACAAGAAACUUCUCGGCUGUUUGCAGGUGCCGCCUGGGACUGACCCAGAGAAGAGAUAUAAAAAGUUGCCUCUUAUGGGAGUGUCUCAAUCCUUGUUAGAAGGUUGUGCACAGCUCAGCGAUGAAACCCUUUUAGGGAAGACAUUAUACUCAUGUGGAGACGCAGAGCAACGGCUGGCCCAAGAGCUCUCUCAGCAUGAAUUCCAGAUGGAAAAAGAUGUCUUAGAACCAUUAAACCAGCUGACGGAGGUGGACAUCCCCAACAUCCAAAAGCAGAGAAAGCAGCUGGCUAAACUAGUCCUCGACAUGGAUUCUGCACGGGGAAGGUAUAACCAAGCACAGAAAUCCUCCAGUACUAAUUUCCAAAUGCAGCCAGGAAAGCUGGACUCUUUAAGAGAAGAGAUGGAAGAAGCAGAGAAUAAAGUGGAACAAUGCAAGGAUCAGCUGGCGGCUGAUAUGUAUAACUUUCUCUCCAAAGAAGGGGAUUACGGUCAAUUUUUUGUCACGUUAUUAGAGGCACAAGCAGAAUACCAUAGAAGAGCACUAGCUGUUUUAGAAAAAGCACUGCCUGAAAUCCAGGCCCAGCAAGACAAGUGGACGGAGAAGCCGGCGUUCGGCACAGCACUAGAGGAGCACUUGAAGCGCAGUUCGCGGGAUAUCGCUAUUCCCAUUGAAGCCUGUGUAAUGAUGCUGCUUGAAACCGGAAUGAAGGAGGAGGGAUUGUUCAGGAUAGCCGCGGGAGCCUCGAAGCUCAAGAAGCUAAAAGCAGCUCUGGACUGUUCCACGUCCCACUUAGAAGAGUUUUAUUCAGACCCACAUGCCGUGGCAGGGGCAUUAAAGUCUUACCUUCGUGAGCUGCCAGAACCACUGAUGACCUUCGCUCUGUAUGAUGAGUGGAUCGCUGCUGGGAAUAUCCAAGACCAGAACACAAAGCUACAGAGUUUGUGGGUUGUCUGCCAGAAACUACCCAAACCCAAUUUUGAAAAUUUCAGGUAUCUGGUAAAGUUCUUGGCCAAGCUGAGUCAAAGCAGCGACGUGAACAAGAUGACGCCCAGCAACAUCGCGAUAGUGCUCGGUCCGAAUCUGCUGUGGGCAAAGCACGAAGGAACGCUGGCGGAGAUAGCUGCCGCAACCUCUGUCCAUGUGGUGACCAUCAUUGAGCCCAUUAUACAGCACGCUGACUGGUUCUUUCCAGAAGAGCUGGAUUUUAACGUAUCCGGUGCCUUUGCCGCGGCCGCUCCUGCAGCCCAUCAGAAUAAUGACACAGCGCACUACGAGUUCAGUGUCAUGGAACGCAAGAGACCGGUCAGCAUGGCGGUCAUGGAUGGGGACCUCCUAAAGAAGGAGAACAUUGGCAUUAAAGUGCUCGACUUUCAGUUCAACGCGAGAAGAGGUGGAACCUUAACACGGAAGCAUGCAUCCCCUGCAUUUCAACCUCCUCUCCCACCCAACGAAGGCGGACCACCGGCAGAGCCACUAGGAAACGCAGUAGACGCAUAUACAGCUAAUUCUGUGCCAGUUCAGCCCAUAGCUUCUACAGAUCCUGCACCAAACUACGGGCAGGAAGAGUCCAACUCAAGCAAGACCAAAGAAACACCUACCGCAACCACACCGCCAUCCCUGCGCAACGGAACUCACCUACCAUCCAGCGGGAGCACAAACCAGCUGGCGGUGGUUCCUGCACAACAAGGCACUACCAACCCGAGCCCUCACUCCAAUAGACGAGCUACGAAGAAACCUGCCCCAGCACCCCCAAAGCCAGCAAACCCCCCUCCUGUACAACCUGCAAAUCAGAAUCAGCCUGUGGCAGCCAAUACUCCCCCCUCUGUCUCACCCAAACCGCCCAAUCACAAUGCGGUUCCUCCGAGCACUACAAGUAACCAAGGAGGGACGGUGACUCCUUCUGCGUAUUCAUUCGGCACCUUACCACGCAGGCAUUCAGGUAGCCAACCCAUAAUCCAGGCCCCUAGUCACCCACCGCCACAACCACCCACUCAGCCAACACCGCAGCCCAAACCCAGCACCCCUCCCAGGUGCAGCCCCACAGUACCGAGCACAGAACAGUCCUCCAGCCCAUCACAGUCUCCAACACCCCCCGAUACUCCUCCUCCUCUCUCUGACCACCCAAGUCCGCACACCACUCUCCCUGAAGCCACAUUGACCACUCCCCCACAUAACACCGGAACACUUACCCGCCAGCGCCCCGUUCCUAAGCCACGUGUCCGACCGACAGUCCCUCCUCCACCCCAGCCCCCUGCAUCUCAGCCGCCUGUGGAGGGUCAGCCAGGAUCUGCAUCUAAACUCAUCACUGAUCCAGUUCCGGGACCCCCUCUCGCUGAAUCUGUAUGCCCGCUCCCUAUUGUAGAUCCUCAGUCGCUGCCGGUCGUCCUUCUUGACACAGACGUGGAGAGCACCGCGCUGUAAGACGGGAGGGGUGGGAGGGUCCUGUACUCCCAGACUACGGACAGUCCGGCCCCCGCAGAAGGUCCUCGGGACAAGACCCAGCAGUGAGAAGCGUGUUCCUUUUCCCCGCCUCCUCUUCGAUUGUUGUUGGUUUAUUUUCUACAUACAGUGUGAAGGACGUUCUAUGACCUGAUGUGUCUUGCCGUUUUUUUGAAGAGCUCGCCGAGGCCAGAGCCUUGUGAGGGCUGAAUGGACCAGUCUAUAUAUAAAUAUAUAUAUAUAUUUCUAGUUUAUGCCACUAUUAAAAUGGCGUAUUUAGCCGGAGGAGGCAGAAGCUUCUGCAGACAUUCCACCGACACACUUCCAUGCGUUUUUUGUUUUUUUUUCCCCUUUUAUUAUUAUGUUCUACUGUUAACCCUUCGUGCGCCAGGUGGCUUGGAUGUUCAAACUGGCAGAAAACUAUUAAAAAAAACAAAAAGGAAAUCAACAAAAAACACAGAAAUCGCUCCGCACAGUCAUAAGAAAAUUGUGAGAGAAGCGACAUAAAUAAAUGAUGUCAAGGGCAAAUAGUAUUUUUGGAAACUGCCGGCUUUCAGU